AUGAAUAACACCAAGGUUAUCAAAAAUUCUGAACCAUACCUGGAAAACAAAGCCAAAAGAGUUUCCUUGAGAAAGAAAAUCAAGUCGACUAGAUAUGCUGGGGAGGAAUAUAACUGGAAUGAAUCAGAAUUCAACCCCUUUAUAGGUGACAUAAAGCAGAUCAAAAUCGAGGACGAGAAAUUCACCUGGGAUUUUUUCUACAGCAAGGACAAAGACUCGGACUAUCCCUUUUCUGGAUUCGAUACUGUGGAAACUGUCAAGAUAAUUAUUUUGGCCCUGAGUAAGCUGAGGAGAAAGAGAAAGAAUGGGUACUCCCUUCCGUUCGAGAAGAUUUUAGAAAUCGGCCACGGCAAGUUCCCUCUGAUCUGGGACCUUAAAACCUACUUUACUGAUUUUUUUUACUUCGGAGUCGAGUUCAGCACUAUAGCGUUUGAAGAGGCUGUUAAACACAGGUUCAACAACACCUAUACCGUUGAACAGGCCUUCGAGUCAAAUGUUGAAUUUCUUUCUACAAAGUCGCUCCAUUACUUCAACACGGAUGGGUCCAACAACUUAGAUAUUCUUUUCCCCAAGGGAGUCCAUCAUUCAAAACUAGAGGAAAACGUCAUAACACUUGCUCUUGGCAAGUGCUUCCUCGACUAUCUUAGUUGCAGGUUAACACUCAGCUCAAGUUUGUCAAACUGGAGUCAGGAUCCCAGAAUUCCACAGGGCGUCGUGGAUAUGUUUGACUCGAUCAGCAGGGCAAUGAAGAGUUUAAGCGACCAGCAUAAGGAGCCUUCGCUACUCAUCCUUAUUGAACCCGAUGACAGCGUCAAGUUCCGGGACCACAUCUGCAUAAUUGCCAAAGUAAUUUACACUUCAACCUUCGUGGAAGAUUCCCCUUCAAAGUACUUUAAGUUGGUUUAUGUACAAAGGAACAAGAGCACUAAGGCCAUUUGCUAUGGCCUGGAAAAAUCUGAUUCGGUAUACAAAACGUACGAUGAGCUGAGGUACGACAUUUGCAAAAUCGCCAAAAAUUCCUACACAACUAGAGAAUCGACUGACGAAGACUGGCUUCUUCCGUACUACGUGCCGUCAAAAUGGUUAAGCAGCGACACAAAGGAUUUUGAUAAUCUAACAUUAUUAUAA